CCUAUUUAUGCCACCCUUUGAACAUUCUCCCUCACAUCUCCACUUGACCCGUUUUUCUAAAUAAUUCUUCCUACAGACAACAAAAGGCUAAUAGAAAGUCUACUUGAAAGAUAGAAAUAUGGCUAUGGACCUUGAGCUUGAUGAUGAUGUCUUCUUUGCAGACAUCAGCAAACAAAUCAAUCUCUUAAUCACAGAUGAAGAUGAACAGAAUCCUAUCUCACUCUCCUCUUCUGUCUUCCAGGGGUUGUUGAGAGAAAACUACCAAACAUCAGCAACACCAUUUAAGAUGUACCAUGAGCAGAAUUACAUAGCUAGAGAGAGCAAAGGGACAGGAGUGUUCAUUCCAAGAUGUUCUCAGCCAAGAAGGAAACAACAUAAUCAUCCUCGUCAGAAGAAGCAAGGGAGUGCCGGUUCCUUCAUCUCCAAGCAACAGUUUUCUCAUCAUGUUUAUGACAACAACUACACAACUCUCAACAACAACCAAGAACGCGUCACCCUUCAUCAUGCACCUUCUACCAACUCAAGAAGAGCCUAUAGAGAUGCAGCAUCUCUCUUCACUUAGUCUCCAUCAAGAUUCAAGACAUGGAUUUGUGUCAUUAAUUCAUCUCAUACAUAACUGAUUAUUGAUAUAUUAUAGAUUUUAUGUUUGUAAAAUCAGCAAAUAAUAAGGAUGAAGAAGGAACCAUCAAUCUAAAGGGAUUUGGUGUGAUU